AUGGUGGACACGAGCCUCUUCGCGUCGGCCCUGGGACGCGGGUCGAGGAUGCACAUCGACUCAUUGAGCGGCACGCCGCAGACGCAGGCCCCUCGCCGGCCGACAGUUCACCCGCAACGGGCAUGUCUGAGCUGCAAAGGCUCUUCGCGGAGGAGCACGCCGCCCAGGCAAAUAAAGAAGCACAGCAACCGCCUGCGGCGCCGGUACCAGCUCAAGCACAAGCCACGCCUGUGCAGAAUCAGGGCUGGGCGUUCCGAUACCCGGACGCCCGUCAAAAGAAGCUUGCGAUCCGCCCGUUCGACGGCAAGGAGCUGUACGUCGGGCUGGGCUCCGGCUUCCUGGACUGGGGCACAAGAUUCGAGCGGCAGACCUUCUCGGCCACUACCUUUGCCCACAUUGCAGUACGUCAUGGAACGGAUGUUGGACGCAGAUCGUGGCCCGAGCACUACAUGUACCUCGUGGCCAUCUCCGAGACCACGGGGGGCGGCGCCGACUACUUGGUGCUGA